AUACACUUUGUAGCAUAGCGAUAGGGACAACCGCAAUAUCCUGUUUGUUUUGUUGUUUGUGCGUGUGGGGUGUGCAAGUUUUGUAAUAUAUGGGCAAAACCAAUGGCACUGAGUGGUUUCGUGGAAUUCUUCCAGAAAGGAAGGACUUUCCGUCCCAAAAAGAGCUUUGAACCAGGAACCUUAAGGUAUUCCCUUCAUAAACAAGCCCAAGCGUCAUUGAGCUCUGGAAUUAAUUUACGAGCUGUUGUACAGCUGCCAAAUGGUGAAGACACAAAUGACUGGAUUGCUGUUCACGUUGUUGAUUUUUUCAAUCGUAUCAACUUAAUUUAUGGUACGGUGUCUGAGUAUUGCACUCCAGAAAGCUGUCCAACUAUGUCAGGAGGACCAAAAUUUGAAUAUUUAUGGGCAGAUGGUGUAAAAUACAAGAAACCAACUCCUCUUCCUGCACCACAAUAUGUUAGCCUCCUUAUGGACUGGGUAGAGUCACAGAUAAACAAUGAAACUUUGUUUCCUGUUUCAACAGAUGUACCUUUUCCAAAGACAUUUAUCCCCUUGUGUCGAAAAAUUCUGACCCGUCUUUUCAGAGUCUUUGUACAUGUUUAUAUUCACCAUUUUGAUAGAAUUGUGGCUAUUGGAGCGGAACCUCAUGUCAAUACCUGCUACAAGCAUUUUUACUAUUUUGUGAAAGAAUUUGAUCUUGUCAGUAGCAAAGAGCUUGAACCUCUGAAAGAAAUGACUGCUCAUAUUUGCCGGGAUCAUGUGGAAUCUCAGACUACCUCUAGCUGACCAGUGGAAAGAAAAUCCUAAGACUGAACGUGUAGCCAGUUAAUCAACAUCUGUUUUAUAAUUGAUUAUGUCAAACUUAUCCAUCAUCAUCAUUUGUAUCUUGAGUGCAGCAAAGCAUGAUACUCAAGGUUAGAGGUGUAGAAAUGGAGGAGACCACUGUUCCAGCCACUGUGAAACUGGCCAUGAUCUAGGUUUAGCUGCACUCCAAAAUAGAGGUGAAUGUCAUUUUGAUAUGAACAUAGGAUAAGAGUGGUCCUGAAGUAAAUCCGAAUACAGUUUCCUACUGAUAAUUAGUGCACUGAGCAUGCAAUAACAAAGCAUAUGGAAUUUUGUAGUUUGUCAACCAAAAUGAGUUUUCCACAACUUUGUGGUUUCAAUGAGGAAUAAUGUUUCCAUCUGAUAUUGAGGCCCUAGUCUGUAAACAACAGUGGAAGCAGAUUUAUCAUAUUUAAAUCAGUAAUAAAGUUAUUCAUCUCUUUUAUUGUUGUAGCAUAAUAUAAAUUUAACGAAAAACAAAUGUUACCUUGACCAAAGCCAUAAUUUACA